GUAUCGUGCAUGCAAACUUGCCCGAUAAAUCAAACCACUUGAAUAUCAAGAAACGGUGAGACUCGCAUUCAGUCUCGUCGGACAAAAGAAAAACCGACCUAAGCUUUACUACUUUCUUUCCGUGCCAUGACCAGCUCUAUGAGCGCAUUUUUCGCGAAACGGGUCGAUCCGAUAAUCUCCGCUAUUUCUCGGAAAGCACUCUCGCUAUCAUCAUUCCUCGUCGUACUACAUCCAACUCAUUAUGAUGAUGAAAGGGCAUCGCGCUUAGCGAUGUUCAUUAGUUCUAGCUUUAUUGGGCCAGUGGUCCCUCAGUGCAUCCAUUGCACCACCUUUCAGUCCUAUAAUCUUUCUCUUUUCAGUUCGACAAUGGUCGGAAGAAUGUCAUCAUCGUCCUAAGGAAUCUUUCUUCUUGAUUUUCGCUCUUGCUUAGUUACAUUGCAAUAAUGCAGCGAUCGCAGGAAGCUUCGGAUCUUCCUUCCGUGGGUUGCCGCAGUGCCUUUUGGGCUCUCCUCAGUCUCGCUCGUGGUUUCAUCAGACAGCAUGCAGCUUGGAGCCGAUCGAGUGUUAUGGAAGACGUCUUCGAUCAUUCUUUCAGGCCGAGCAACACCGGUUCGGGGUUGGAUGGGUCCGAGCCGGUGGCGGCGUCGGUUCGGAGCGGACAGGGCGGAGUGUUGAUGCGGUUGCCCGUUGGGUCUCUCAAGCCUCUUCAACCGGAUUUGAUCUCAGGACUUGUCCAUUUGCAUCACUUAGGGAUAAUUCAUCCAGACUUAAAGCCUCAAAAUGUGUUGAUUACUAAGGAAUUAUGUGCCAAGUUAUCUGAUAUGGGCAGUAGUAACCACCUCCUCAGGGAUACGUCUUCCUCAGGGUAUCAUGUUGCUGAUUGUGGCAGCUCAGGAUUGCAAGCGCCUGAACAACUUUGUAGUGUGCACCAAACAUGCUCAGUCGAUGCGUUUGGUCAUAAUCGUGUCUCGUUUUUUGGCAUCACUGGCAGAAGACAUCCAUUUGGAAACAGUCUAAAGGGCGAUAGUAAGAUCGAGGAGAAUACAAUGGAUUUGUCCUCGGUAGAAUUUAUGCCAGAAGCUGCAGAUUUGUUUGAUUGCUUACUACAUCCUCAUCUUCACCUGAGCAGGCCAAAGGCAUUGGAGCAUGUCUAUUUAGAGGACGAAGGCAGGCUUGGCAAUUGUAGGAGCGAUGAUGAGGGUGAUCCUGAUUUGAAGGUGCUUUCCCAGAGGAAGAAACAAGGCAAGUCUGGAAAGAUAAAUCAAAGUCUUGACAACAAGGAUGAGCAUGGUUCUUUAGAGAACGAUGACAGGAUGUGUGAUAGUAGGAGCUACGAUGAUGGCGAUCCUAGUUUGAAGAUGCCUUCCAAGAUGAAAACACACGAGUCAAUAGAGAGUGAUGGAAAUCUUAACAAAAAGGACGAGCAUGUCUCUUCAGAGAUCGACGGCAAGCUUGGUACUAAUAGGAUCAAUGAUGAGGGUCAGUCUAAAAUGAAAGUGCCUUGCUGGAGAAAGAAAACACACGAGUCUGGAAAGAGAAAUGAAAAUUUUGACAAAAAGGACGAGCAUGUCUCUUCAGAGAAUGAAGACAGGCUUGGUAACAGUAGGAGUGGUGAUGAAGGUGAUUUUAAUUCGAAAACACUUUCCAAGAGGGAGAAAAGAUGCAAGUCUGGAAAGAGUAAUGGAGGUGUUGACAGAAAGGAGCAUCAUGUAUUUUCAGAGAAUGAAGGCAGGCUUGGUAAUAAUGUGGGCAAUGAUGAUGCGUGGAUGAACCUAAAGAAACCCGUUGGUGGAGGCACUCCUGGGUGCAGGAUCGGUAAACUCUUUGUCUCAAAUACAGAAAUUGCUAAAGGAAGUAAGGGCACCAUCAUCCUUGAGGGCUUCUAUGAGGGUCGACCUGUCGCAGUGAAGCGCCUUGUCCAGGCUCAUCACUAUGUUGCUUCACAAGAAAUACAGUCUCUGACAGCAUCUGAUCAAGACCCAAAUAUUGUUCGGUUGUAUGGAGCAGAGAAUGAUCAGGAUUUCCUGUAUCUUGCCCUGGAGCGUUGUGCUUGCAGCUUAGAUGACUUAAUACUAGCACAUUCAACUUCUACAGAGAAAUUUGUCUUCGCUGAUGACCCAGCAUCAAAUGCUACCAUCAAGUACAAAAUGCGAUUGGAUUCAGUUAAGGGAGCAAUGCAGGAUGUUAACUUGUGGAGGGAAGAUGGCCAUCCCUCACCUUUGCUACUCAAACUUAUGAGGGAUGUGGUCUCAGGACUCGUCCAUUUGCAUCGCCUAGGAAUAAUUCAUCGAGACUUAAAGCCUCAAAAUGUCUUGAUUACUAAGGAAUUAUAUGCCAAGUUAUCUGAUAUGGGCAGUAGUAAACCCCUCAGGGAUACGUCUUCCUCAGGAUAUCAUGUUGCUGAUUGUGGCAGCUCAGGAUUGCAAGCGCCUGAACAAAUACGUAGUGCGCAACGAACAUGCUCAGUCGAUGAGUUUGGUCAUAAUCGUGUCUCGUUUUUUGGCAUCACUGGCAGAAGACAUCCAUUUGGAGACAGUCUAAAGGGCGAUAGUAAUAUCGAGGAGAAUAUAAUGGAUUUGUCCUCGGUGGAAUUUAUGCCAGAAGCCGCAGAUAUGUUCACUUGCUUACUACACCCUCAUCCUCACCUGAGCAGGCCAAAGGCAUUGGAGCAUGUCUAUUUAGAGGACGAAGGCAGGCUUGGUAAUUGUAGGAGCGAUGAUGAGGGUGAUCCGAUUUUGAAGGCGCUUUCCAAGAGGAAGAAAGAAGGCAAGUCUAGAAAGAUAAAUCAAAGUCUUGUCAACAACGAGGAGCAUGGUUCUUUAGAGAACAAUGACAGGAUUUGUGACAGUAGGAGCUACAAUGAGGGUGAUCCUAAUUUGAAGAUGCCUUCCAAGAUGAAAACACACGAGUCAAUAGAGAGUGAUGGAAGUCUUAACAAAAAGGAUGAGCAUGUCUCUUCAGAGAUGGAUGGCAAGCUUGGUACUAGUAGGAUCAAUGAUGAGGGUCAGUCUAAAAUGAAAGUGCCUUGCUGGAUAAAGAAAAUACACGAGUCUGGAAAGAGAAAUGAAAAUCUUGACAAAAAGGACCAGCAUGUCUCUUCAGAGAAUGAAGACAGGUUUGGUAACAGUAGGAGUGGUGAUGAAGGUGAUUUUAAUUCGAAAACACUUUUGAAGAGGGAGAAAAGAUGCGAGUCUGGAAAGAGUAAUGGAGGUGUUAACAGAAAGGAGCAUCAUGUAUUUUCAGAGAAUGAAGGCAGGCUUGGAUAUAGUGUGGGCAUUGAUGACGCGUGGAUGAACCUAAAGAAACCUGUUGGUGGAGGCACUCCAGGGUGCAGGAUCGGCAAACUCUUUGUCUCAAAUACAGAAAUUGCUAAAGGAAGUAAGGGCACCAUCAUCCUUGAGGGCUUCUAUGAGGGUCGACCUGUCGCAGUGAAGCGCCUUGUCCGGGCUCUUCACUAUGUUGCUUCACAAGAAAUACGGUCUCUGACAGCAUCUGACCGAGACCCAAAUAUUGUUCGGUUGUAUGGAGCAGAGAAUGAUCAGGAUUUCGUCUAUCUUGCCCUGGAGCGUUGUGCUUGCAGCUUGGAUGACUUAAUACGAGCACAUUCAAAUUCUUCAAAGAAAUCUGUCUUCCCUAAUGACCCAGCAUCAAAUGCUAUCAUCGAGUACAAAAUGCGAUUGGAUUCAGUUAAGGGGAUGAUGCAGGAUGUUAACUUGUGGAGGGAAGAUGGCCACCCCUCAACUUUGCUACUCAAACUGAUGAGAUGCAGGUUUCUCCCCGUGAAUGAGUUCUUCUCUCUUGUCAUCUCAAAAUUUGCCACCCAGCUUCUUGCGCCAUUUGAUCAGAAUACAGAAUUAUCCUUUCCACAUUUUUGUUUUAAAAUUAGUCCUAAUAGUUAUCUUUUCUUUACUGUCAUCUUGACAUUAUUUCGUGUCUCCUUGCAUUUUGUGUUAGAGAAGUUUCUAUCAUUAGGGGCUAGCUGUCAAUCAAUGCCUUCAAGUAGGAUUUCUGUUUCUAGCUGCUGGUUAUUCAAUUAUAGGGAUGUGAGCUCAGGGCUUGUCCAUUUGCAUUGCUUAGGAAUAAUUCAUCGAGACUUAAAGCCUCAAAGUGUUUUGAUUACUAAGGAAUUAUGUGCCAAGUUAUCUGAUAUGGGCAGUAGUAAACUCCUCCCCGGGGAUACGUCUGCCUUAGGAAAUCACGUCACCGAUUGUGGCAGCCCCGGCUUGCAAACGCCUGAACAACUUUGUCCUGCACACCAAGCAUGCUCAGUCGAUGUGUUUGGUCUUGGUUGCAUCUUGUUUUUUUGUGUCACUGGCGGAAGACAUCCAUUUGGAGACAAUCUAAAGGGCGAUAGUAAUAUCAAGGAGAACACAAUUGACUUGUCCCCGGUGGAAUUUUUGCCAGAAGCUGCAGAUUUGUGCACUCAUUUACUAAACCCCAAUCCUAUCCUGAGGCCAAAGGCAGUGGAGGUGCUUCACCAUCCACUGUUUUGGAAUUCAAAGAUGAGACUGUCCUUUCUGCGAGACGUCAGCGACUGGGUAGAAUCGAAAACUAGGAGAACUAAUCCUGAUCUUCUGGAAAAAUUGGAGAGAAUUGCUCAGUGUGUUUUCGACGAGGAAUGGUACGGAAAGAUAGAUCAUAAAGUCAUUAAGCAUAUGCGGAGGUUCAGGGCCUACAAUUUUAAAAGAGUCAGAGACUUGCUGCGAAUAGUGCGAAACAUAUUUAGCCAUUCCAUAGGACUUCCACCGAAAAUUCAGGAGAUCGUUGGAUCAUCUCCCGAGGAUUUGGACAGCUAUAUCGCAAAACGAUUUCCCAGACUCUUGAUUGAAACGUACAGAUUCAUCUCCAUGUGCUGCAAAGAUGAGGAACGCUCUCCCUUUCUGGAGUACUUCAACACUUGAUCACAAUGGUUUAUCAACGACGAACUUUGCCAUAAUUUGGGUCGAUGACCACAAUUUGCAGGAUGGUUGAUUUGGGCAUCGUGCGUAUCAAGACGAAACAUAUACAUUUAGUAAACCUGUAUGCACAUGGUUAUAUGAUGUAUAUGGUUCGUGGCAAUUUGCCUGCUGUGUACAUCUUACGAACUGACAGUCCCAUGCAAUGCAGAAACCGGGGAUGAACAACGACGAUUUCAUAAGAAAAAAAAUACACCAUUGGCAUCAGAGGAUAGAUCAGUUACACGUGGAUCUCAGAAAAACACGGUGUUUGAAGUCGAUGCCUUGACUAGAUGAGUUAUACGUGGUAUAUUGGAUUUUCCAA